AUGGGCGAAGUGGACUACAAGCAAAUACUACAAAACCUCAAAGCCGAGGAUAAAAUAAGCCAAGGCGCAGAGGCCAUUAUGUACAAAAUUGCCACACAAAAAGGAACAGUAUUGGUAAAGCACCGGUUCCCGAAAUCGUAUCGCGAACCAACACUCGACAAGUCGAUGAAUAAAAGAAGGGUGAACAACGAGAACAGGAUGUUGCAACGGUUUUCGGAGUUGAAUGUCCCAUGCCCAAAAGUGUUGUUUUGUAAUCAAUUGGAUAUAGUGAUGGAGUAUAUUGACGGCGUCACCUUGAAGCGAUUUUUGACACAACACUACGUGGACGGAAAGUACACACCUGAUGCGUUGAAAGCGAUGCACGCACUCGGGAGACUCAUUGGAACAAUCCACAAGAACGGAUUCAUUCAUGGCGACUUGACAACUUCAAAUUUCAUGGUCAACACAACUGGUGAUAUGGUUGUCAUUGAUUUUGGGUUGACCACAAAGUCGGAAACAACUGAAAAUCGAGCCGUCGACUUAUACGUCCUCGAGCGUGCAAUUUUAUGCACCCAUUACAAUGCAGAUGUUAUAUUCAAAAGUAUAUUAGAAGGAUACACAGAGACGGCAAACAAUAGUGCAGAAAUUCUUCGGCAUUUGGAUGAAGUGCGACUUCGUGGGAGAAAGAAAGAUAUGACGGGGUAA